AUGGUUUUUGAAAAGAAGGUGAGCUGGGGUACUUUUUUGUAAUUUGUGACGAAAUGUCACAAAAAUUAUUGGAUUUUUGAAACUUCGAUUAUUUAUAACUUUAGGUGGAGCGAAUAGCAUGUGUCGGUGCUGGAUAUGUUGGAGGACCGACGUGUGCCAUGAUCGCAUUCAAAUGUCCUCAUAUAAAUGUGACGGUCGUGGAUGAAAACGAGGCCAAGAUUGAGGCCUGGAAUUCGGAGAAAUUACCGAUUUUUGAACCCGGAUUGGAUGAGAUUGUUAAGGCUACCAGAGGAAGGAAUCUGUUCUUCUCAGCUGAUCAGCCAACCGCUAUCAGAAACGCGGACUUGAUCUUCAUCACGGUGAAUACGCCAACUAAAGCGUGAGUUAUCUCAUGUAUAAUAUAAUUUGAAUUCAAAUUGCAUAUAGUUUGUAUUCCUUUCAAAUCAGCAGUCUAUUUACUAUAUUUUGGAGGCAAAUGGCGUUGUUUUAUCUCUCAUUUAGUCAUCAACGUGCCUAUAAUUAUAUUACUUUAGAUAUGGCCGAGGAAAUGGGAUGGCUCCAGAUCUUAUUCACGUCGAAUCAGUUGCGCGACUCAUUGCUGAGCACGCUGAAGGCGAGACCAUUGUUGUGGAGAAGUCUACUGUCCCAGUGAAGGCCGCCGAAGGCAUAGAAUAUCUGUUGAGAGGUCCAAAGGACAAGGAAAGUGUUCUUUUUCAGGUAAAUUUUGGUAAUAAAAUAUAAAAAGGGGGCUGGAAUAAGAAGGGCAUAUUAUUUAGAGUAAUAUCAGUGUCCUAUCAGUUCUCUCUUUUUCUUUUCUAAUUUUUUUUAUAUACUGCACGUCAAAAGUUUGGAACAGGCCAGAUCUUCUUUGCGGCUUGAGAUGGGAGUUUCAUUUCUUUUUUAUUAGAAGCUCCAUGUAUUAGGAACCUCAAUGAAUACAUAGCCAUGGAAACCAGAAAGCUCGUUGGAGUUUUAAAAAAAAUUUUAAAAAAUAAGUGCGUCAAAAGUUUGGAACAGCUUUUGGAAGGUGAUUAUAAACUUCGGGAUGGAGGCAGGUAUCCUCGCAUUUAGUGUUUCUGGAUGAUGUAUGGAAUCGGCAUGCCAAUGGCAUACUGAUUUUCACCGAUAAACCCAAAAUGAAAAAAAUGCUUAUUGAGCCAAAAACUACGGUCAAAUUUGCGAAAAAAUUAAUUUUUUGGUUUGGGUUCUCUAUGUUAUCGGUGUGUAAACGUUCUAAAUUAUUUAAUGUGGUCGCACAAUUGUACAAGGGCACUCAGAUCUUCGCAUGGGAACCAUAUCCGCACAGCAUAAUUUAUGAAAAAUUUGAGUUUUGCUAUAAAUCUUUAUUUAAUGUAUUUUAUAUUUUUUAUAGAGCGGCUUGGAGGCUAAUUGGCUUUAACGCCGUUAUCGUGGAAUAAAAAGGUGUCUUCAAGAAUCAGAACCUGGCCACUAUUUGCAACAUCAAGGCCACAUCUUUAAAAAUAGCGGGUAUAUGAAAUGUUAAUAUUCCCAUAUUUUUUACCUCGGAUUUGAAGCCGCUGCAUGGCUUAAAACUAAGUGCCUUUAUCGUUAUCACACCGAUACAGUAUUAUAAACCAACUCUCCGAAUUAUCACGCCACAAAUCCGGGUCAGAUAUGAAUAUUGAUUUUGGGGACAAAAUUUUUUUUAAUAUCUGAAAGAUGUGGCCUUGGAUGUUGCAAGUAGCGUGGGUUUUUGUUUCUUGAAGACACCUUUUUAUUCCACGAUAACGGUGUUAAAGCCAAUUAGCCUCCAAGCCGCUCUAUAAAAAAUAUAAAAUACAUUAAAUAAAGAUUUAUAGCAAAACUCAAAUUUUUCAUAAAUUAUGCUGUGCGGAUAUGGUUCCCAUGCGAAGAUCUGAGUGCCCUUGUACAAUUGUGCGACCACAUUAAAUAAUUUAGAACGUUUACACACCGAUAACAUAGAGAACCCAAACCAAAAAAUUCAUUUUUUCGCAAAUUUGACCGUAGUUUUUGGCUCAAUAAGCAUUUUUUUCAUUUUGGGUUUAUCGGUGAAAAUCAGUAUGCCAUUGGCAUGCCGAUUCCAUACAUCAUCCAGAAACACUAAAUGCGAGGAUACCUGCCUCCAUCCCGAAGUUUAUAAUCACCUUCCAAAAGCUGUUCCAAACUUUUGACGCACUUAUUUUUUAAAAUUUUUUUUAAAACUCCAACGAGCUUUCUGAUUUCCAUGGCUAUGUAUUCAUUGAGGUUCCUAAUACAUGGAGCUUCUAAUAAAAAAGAAAUGAAACUCCCAUCUCAAGCCGCAAAGAAGAUCUGGCCUGUUCCAAACUUUUGACGUGCAGUAUAUUAUUUUAGGCCUUUUAAACCACCUCUAAAUUCAGGUCCUUUCAAACCCCGAAUUCAUGGCUGAAGGUACCGCAAUCAAGUAUUUGGCCAGUCCAGACCGUGUCCUCAUCGGUGGAGAGAAGAGCCGUGAGGGUGAGGCGGCGGUCCAACGAUUAGUCGAGGUCUACAGGAACUGGGUCCCCCUGGAAAACAUAAUCACAGUCAACACAUGGUCGGCCGAGUUGACCAAACUGGCUGCCAACGCCUUCCUGGCCCAGCGAAUCUCCUCGAUCAACUCGAUUUCAGCGAUUUGUGAGGCCACGGGCGCUGAGAUCAACCAAGUUGCACAUGCCAUUGGACAGGACAGUAGGAUUGGUAGCCAAUUCUUACAAGCUAGCGUUGGUAAGAGAGAAAUUAGAGGGUUUUUGGGCUGGAUAUUAUCACAUUGGGUGUUGUGAGGCGUUCAAUUCAUGUCAUUUUCAAUUUCAGGUUUAAAAAUUCAUAUUUCCGCCAAUUUUGGCAUUCCGUUUUAGGUGGUAAAACUGUAGAAAAAAAUGUUUUGAUGUUAUGUUGAUGUGACAGUAGGCAUUGUGAUGUAAAAUUUUCCUAAUUUUACCCAUUUAUUCAUUCAAAAUCACCAGUUAUAAUAUAUUUACCUUACUUUAGCCUAAUCUCUACAAGUCACGAAUAUUUUAGGGUUUGGAAGCUCGAGUUUCAAGAAAGAUAUCCUGGCAUUGGUCUAUCUCUGCGAGUCGUUGAAUCUCCCUGAAUGCGGGAAUUAUUGGAAAUCGGUGGUGGAGAUGAACGAAUGGCAAAGAGAGCGGUUCUCGGACAAGAUCAUCCAGGCUUUGUUCGGAACAGUGGCCGAAAAGAAGGUGACUUUGUAUGGAUUCGCUCAUAAAAAGAAUACCGGAGACACCAGAGAGUCCUCGGCCAUCAGUGUGGCCAGACAUCUGAUGGAAGAGCAGGCCCGGAUUUGUGUUUUUGAUCCCAAAGUAACCGAGGAUCAAAUGAGAAGGGAUCUGAUGAUGGCGGGGAACAAGGAGAUGGGUAAGCCCAAAUUUGAUCGGUAGAUGCAGGACCAUGGCUAAUUAGGUUGAACGGCCAAUUUUGUUGGGAUCUUGACCGAUUUUCGACAUCAAAUUAUGUUAUCCAUGAUGACCUUGGCUGAUUUUUGUAAAGUUUCUAACUUUUUCUAGCCUGAUUGUAAAGGUAGAAAAUGAUAUUGUAAGGAAUUUUACAUUAUAGUUGACAAAGUCCAGUACUCCACGUGCCCAUACAAAGCCGCUGAAGACUCCCAUGCCAUCGUUAUUUUGACCGAAUGGGAUGAGUUCAAGACCUAUGAUUACGAGCGUCUCUUCAAGUCCAUGAAGAAGCCAGCUUCCGUCUUUGAUGGUCGAUUAAUCCUGGAUCAAGAUCGGCUCAGAGGGAUUGGAUUCAGAGUGUUUACAAUUGGCUCCAUGUCAAUGGAUUCCUGA